GCUCGUAAAGAGCCCGCUGUUGCUGGAUCUCAAUCAUCGCAGACAGCUCCGCAGAGUCAACAGCACCAUCAACACCACCACCACCACCAACAACAACAACAAGCAACUAACAACAAUGCAAGCAACAAUAACAGCACCGGAAGCAGUCAGCAGAACAAUAGCAGCAGCAAUCAACAACAAUCACACCAGCAACAGCUGCAGCAAUCCCAAUAUCAAGGAUUUGGAAGCAGUUUGCAGCAGCAUCAACAACAUCAAUCAUCAAUGCAUCAUCAACAGCAGCAGCAGCAGCAACAACAACAAAUCCAGCAACAGCAACAGUCGGCUCAACAACAACAACAGGCCUUGUCGGCAUCUAGUUCUGGUUAUCAUCACCAUCACCAACAGCAACAACAUCAGCAACAGCAACAACAUUCUCAACAUCAACAACAGCAUCAGCAGCAGCAACAGCAGCAACAGAGUCAUCACAAUGUUCCUUCGCAUCAUCACCAGUCCCAUCACCAUCUGGCGGCGCAAAAUAGUAUGAUGGCGGCGGCCGCGGCUGCAGCGGCCGCCCAGCGGAAUCCGUUCGGGUUCGAUUUUAGCCAUUUCCAAAAUUCCUACUAGGUAACUUACGCCUAAAACAAUGGAAACAGCCACCCUCUCCCUCGUGCUUCUGCCACACAGUCUUUCGACACGACCAACUGUUUUUUUUUACUGGAAAAGCGAGCUCUAAAUGGAUCGAUUGAUUCAUAAAAUUACCCAUCUGAUUAAUACAGAGAGCAGCGUAUUGCUCUGCUAAGCCAGUAAAAUCAGCAACAACAACAUUGUAACGGAUCCCCCUUCCCCGAAAGUGUUUCAAUCCAGCCGAGAACAAAAACGAAAAAGGGUAUGAGAAAUGAAAGUCAUUUUGGAAAUGGAUAAAAUCGGAAGCAAUAAAUUUUGUUGAAAUAUGCAAUCAAAAAAUGGAGACGUAGAAGAAGCAAAUAAAAACUGCAAUUGUAUAAAGCACUUUUUGUUGAAUCAUGAAAGUUAAAUGAUAUCUUACGAUAUAUUGUGUCAUUUAAGCAAAACAAACAAAACAAAAAACACGAAAAACGAAAAAGAUCAUAAAUCAAAAACUUCAAUUGUUAUAGUUGAUAGCAAAAUCUAAGCUGAAAAAGCUUAUUCGAUAAAGGAAGAUAAAACAAAAUGUCAGAUACUAGUCUCAUUGAAUGUAAAUAUAUCAAAAUUCAUAGAAAUAUCUCCAUUGUACUAGAAGUUAUGGAAGCAAAUAACGAAAAAAUAGAGGAAACAAAACAUCUGGAGUAAGCCAAUUAGUCUAAAUUUUAGCUGAACCAAGCAAAAAUGGUACUGAAAAAAAAGUCUAGGACAAAACAUACCAAUUUCAUUCAAAACAAAAAAAUCCAUUGAAAAGUUCCAAGUCGAAGGCAAACAGCAACAUUCGCAAAGAUGAGACCAAAAAUUUGUAGCUCACAAAUGCAAAAAAAAAAUCACCUUACACGUGCUGACUUGUUUUAAAUAAAAAAAAAUAAAAAAGGAACAAAACAGCAGUGUUAAACAAACAUGUUUAGUUAUACGAUUUAUAACCAUUUACCCGAUGAUAGGACGAAAACAGAUGCGAGACUUUAUUUUAAGUUUUAAUUAUUUUAUCUCUUAUUUAUUGUCAUACAUUUAUACUAACUACCCACUAGCUAUUGUUGAUAAGUUUUAGCCUUAACGUUGUUAUAAUUAUUAUUGGAGUCUCGUUUUGUGGUCAGGCAAUAAUAAACGCUGCGGGGAACGCGGAAAUUUUUCACAAAUGUCCCGUGUUAGUUUCAUUCUGUCGAGUUUGUUGAAAAAAAAAAGAAUUACAUGUUUUAAAAAUCUUACUUUCUUACUGAACACUGCACUAUCUUUGAUAAAUUAGGAACCUAAAAAGAUCAUUAAAGCAACAGAUUUCAUGAAAAAAUACCCACGAUAAUUCCAAAUUUACUUUUUGGAUUUCAAUUAAAAACGAUAAAAAAACAGUGACUGAAUAAAAUUUUAUUAUAAAUGUCAAGAAAAUGGAAAAUCCAUUUGAAAAUUCAUUUCCAAGGUUAGGUCAUGCAAAAUUUAAACAAAAAUUAAAUUUAAAAAAGCACCAGA